AUGUCGACUGCCGCGCCAGCCAAGCACCCCGUCGCCUGCCAAGGUUGCAACGCCUUUCCGAUCGUCGGCGUGCGUCUCCAGUCGGCCAAGGUGCCGAGUGUCGACCUCUGCAAGCCCUGUGCGCUGAGUGCCAAGUGGACCAAGUCGCACGCGCCGUUCUCGGUACACAAGGCUCCGCCGUCGCACCUCACGGGCUGCAGCGGCUGCAACGCGCCGCGCAUCGUGGGCCCGAAAGCGACGUCGACCAAGGACCCGAACUUUGAGCUGUGUGCCUACUGCAUCCGCAGCGGCAAGUUCAACCGGUCCCACGGCCCCUUCAACGUGCUGCAUGGCACCGCCACGCACCGCGGCACGACGUGCGGAGGCUGCCGCGUGAGUCCGAUUGCCGGUCCGCGCAUCCGGUCGACGACCAACACCAAGUUUGAUCUCUGCGCCUCGUGCGCUGUCUCGGGGGCUUACAACAAGUCCCACGGGCCGUUCCGCAUUCGCAUUCGCCCGCCGGUCGUCCACCCGGGCUCCGAGUGCAUCGCCUGCGACAACCAGAAGGCUAUCGUCGGGCCUCGAUACCAGUCAACCCAGCAUCCCUUCGCGCAGCUCUGUAAGCGCUGCCACGACUCGAACCAGUACUCGGACGAGCUCGGGCCGUUUGUCGAGUGGAAGAGUGUGGUCGUGCACGCAGGCGUCCAGUGCAACAGCUGCAAAGUCAUGCCGAUCGGUGGCCCGCGCUACAAGUCGAAGACGUACGACAACUACGACCUCUGCCAGUCGUGCGUUGACAAAGGCUCUGACUGUGGUCCGUUCAUCAAGAUGGAAACGCCGACGGAGCACGCGGGCAUCUUUUGCGACGGCUGCAAGAUCCCGUCGAUCCUCGGCAUCCGAUACCGGUCGCUUACCACCGCCAACUACGACUUUUGCUAUGAUUGUGUCGAAGUCUCUAGCGUUGGCCACAAGCCGUUCCAGCUCCUUUUGCGGGCCGCGACGACUGCGACGCCCAUGACGCCGAUCGGCACGGUGCUGCGCACCGCCACCAAGAUCGAGGCCGCGCUCGAUUUUUGCGAGGACGUGCUCUACCUCACCGACUUUGUCUGCGACCAGUACCGCUUGGCGCAAAACUUCUUUGGCGACGGCGACAUGGACGUCUUUGAAGGUGACUACGGCUUUGACACGACCGACGACGACCUCGCCGCGCUCAUGGACGGCGUGAACAUCGACGAAGGUGGCAGCGGUACGGCCGACGACAGCGAUGUCGACGAGAGCCAAAGCGAGAGCGGAGAUGAAGCGUACAGCAGCGACGGUAGCGACGGUAUCAGCUGCAGCGACGGUGGCUACGGCAGCGACGGUGGUGAUUUCGGCGUCGAUUUGGACGACGGCGGUAGUCUCGGCGGUGCCUUCAUGGAUGUGUUUUCAAGCAUUUUUGGGUAG